GGCAGUGCAUGCCGACGUCGCGCUGAUUCGAAACGCGCGCUGACACCAUCUAUUGACCACGUGGUACACCUUCGUAUUGACCAGCAGACAUCCGCCGCGCCGAUUGGCUCAGUCGGUCACGUGUCUUGUACAACGUCAGUUUGGACUACUGUCUGCUGACAGUGUCACGGACGGACUCGUCGUCGGCUGUCAGCGUAUGUUCGACGGGAACAAAGGAUCUCGCGGGGGCCCGCUACGUUUCCUCGCUCCGUUCCAUCAUCGAUUCUGAGAUUUCUAUCGCAUCAAGAUUCUGCCGAGAUCCGUCGUCGACCGUGUCGUCGUCUCGUGACGAUUCUCAACGUCGUGAUCAGCCGAAAUUCACGUGAGCAACUUUGCCUAACCCGCGAAACGUACUCGCAAGGCCCGGCGAUCGCUCUUGACAGUUGGCCGUCACGGUGACGGCGUCGUCGGCAAAUUAUCGGAUUGUUUGUCGGACAUUGUCAUUGACGCUGAAGGGCGCCAACGGAGAAUCAUCGACGAGGCAUCGGGACUCGUUGGCCUCAGAUAAAUCUACCGAGCGCGGAAUAGUCUCGAUCUUUUUACAUUUCUCGUCUUACCUCUCUUUCUCUUGCGCGCGCGCGAGAGAGAGAGAGACCUUUGAACCGAAAACAGUCGCAGAUACAUAUCUUUCGCCGUGUCGAAGCACACUACGUUGAUCGCGUGCUUCCUCUUGCCGCUAGAAUCCGCGGCCUGUGGUGCGCGGACUUGGGACAUGUACAGUAUGAACUAUAUCGCUAAGAUCAUCAGUAACUUCCGCCUCUUCUAUAACGAGAUCAACGCCGCGACCCUCACCGGCGCGAUCGACGUCAUUGUCGUUGAACAGCCAGACGGUUCUUUUACCUGCUCGCCCUUCCAUGUCCGUUUCGGCAAGCUUGGUGUACUUCGUUCCAGAGCAAAAGUGGUGGACAUUGAAAUAAAUGGAGAGCCCAGGGAGAUUCAUAUGAAACUUGGAGAUUCCGGUGAGGCUUUCUUCGUAGAAGAAGUUCACUCAAAUGGAUCUCCAACGGACGCAGAAAUCCCACCGCACUUGGCAUGUUCGCCUAUACCCGAUGACAAUUGCUUUCCACCAGCAAAAUUCAAUCUUUUAUCAGAUCUACCACCGGAACAGAGAGAGAAAAUUCUCAUAGAUUCGGUUCUCUCGAUAGAACGGGAGAAAUGGGAGCAAAUGUCCGCCUUGCCACCCGAUCAACGAGAAAAGUUUCUAAUAGAACAGUUCUCGGAUCUUCCCGCGGAACAUCGUGAGAAAUGGCUUCAGAUCGCUUCGCUAACCGCGAAGGAGCGAGAUGAGAUGUUCAAGGAAAGUUUUGGUACUAUAUCUACAGAACAGAAGCAGCAAAUGAUCAGGGAACAGUAUUCCGCCUUGAAGACAGAGGAUAAGGAGAAACUGUUCAAGGAGAACUUCCCUGAACUCUCGGUCGAACAGAGACAGAACUUUGAAAAAGCUCUGCUAAGCGAUUGGAAGGAGAAAAAUGAGAAGUGGGAAGAGAGCGAUCUGAAAAAUGAAGAUGAAGAUGAGAUAUUUGACAUGGAUGCGAUCAACGACGAGCAACCGAAAUCCGUAGUCUCUUGCCCAAAGUCUUUCGUAGCUGUCACCUCGACCGAGAGAAUUCGCAAAAUCAGUGUGGUGAAGAAUGAUUUCCGACCGAUUACCGACGAUCCUCAAAGCAGCAGCAAAGAAAAGUCAAGUGACGAAUCGAACUCGUGUUCUAGCAAGAAGAAUUCGAAGGAAGAGAUUAUUGAAGAAAUAAAAAAUAACAACUCAACCAAGAGAAAGCGUAAAAGGAAGAGCAUUAUGAAGAAAAAGGGCUCGCAGAGGAAAACUAGUAAUGGCAGCAGCAGUCAGACAGAAAUGAGCGAGACUGAUGCAGUUGUCACGGAAGAAUCGGUUAGUGAAACGGGGAUCACGCCAGUCAUAGAGAUUGAAAAGAAGAACAGUAUCGUGGAACACGUGCCAUCUUCUCAGGACAUGCUUGAGAAACGACCCGAAACCGAUUUUCACUUCUUCAGCGACUCAGAAGUUACAAAGAAUAAGGAUUCGAGACCAAGUUCACCCGUUCAAUCGGACACGGAAUUUGAAAUGCGCAAGAUCACGCAGGAUGACAACGAGAGAGAAGACGAUAAGGAUCAUCAGCAGAGCUGGAGAUGGGGCGAGUUACCGAGUCCACCUCCAGAGCCGGCGCAUAUGUCGCACAGGAACUCGUUGAGUUCCGUAACGACAGCUAAUCAGCCGAACAAAGAUGCGCAACGAUCUAUGCUCAGUGGCAUGUUCUCCUUUAUGAAGAAGACUUCUCGCGUAAGACACAAUCCGGAAUCGGAAGGAAUUUACCUUAGUGAUCUUAAUGCCGACGAACUGGACCCUGAAGUUGCCGCUCUGUACUUUCCCUCUUCGCAUCGAGGCCCGACAGUGGCUAAAGAUAGAAAAGCAGUGGACGAGGAAGAUACCGAAUCGGGUAACGGACCGAGUUUACCUCAAAGUCCAAAUAGUGUCGAAGGAGCGAUCGGUGGGCCAAAGUCGCUGGACAGUGAUUUUGAAGAACCAAAGCACACCAUUUUCGAUAAUAACGUAGAAAUGAGCAUGUCCCUGUGUGGUGGCUUGGACAACGAGAAUGGACCGUCUAUCGAGGCUUUCCGCGAAAACUUGCUCCAUUUCGAGGACGUUUCUGCUGAUCCAAAACUAUAUGAAAAUCCAAAUUUGGUCGUGAAAAUUAAUGGGAAAUUCUAUAAUUGGGCUACGGCCUGUCCGAUCGUGAUGACUUAUGCCAUUUUCCAAAGGCAUUUGCCGCAAAACACAAUCGAGAAUCUAUAUGCGCAGUACGUGUCGUUGCCAAUGCACGAGGACAAAAAAGAGCGUCAGAGCACCGGCGGCAAGCCCGAGAGUCGCAGCGGAUACAGUUCGUGGUUCUCGUGGAGGCGUUCUACGCAACCUUCUAAAAAACCGCAGGACAUAACUGCAGCCGACGGAGUUAUCGUGCAGACAUCCGAGCAGUCUUUAGAAACCAAGACAACGAACGAAGAAAUAGCCAUUAACAAAGAAAUGAAAAUUCCACAACCCACAGACUGCUCAAAUCCGAUAGAAAUGAUGGAAACAAGAUUGGCAACCGCGCCCGAUGAAACUACUAUGCUCACCAAGACUGAGAAAACACGCGAGGGAGAAGGUGAGGGGUAUAGCGGCGGUGAAGACUCCGACAGUAAUCAAAAUGAACCGGCGGGUAUUAAAAUACCGAUGGAGAGAAGAUCGUAUUACGAAUCCACGGAGAAGUAUCGUAAGACUUUGCGACUGUCAUCCGAGCAAAUAGCGAGUCUCGGUCUAAUGGAUGGCGCUAACGAAGUAGUCUUCAGCGUAACCACUGCUUAUCAGGGCACAAAACGCUGCAAGUGUCACAUCUACAAGUGGAGAUGGGACGACAAGAUCGUUAUAUCCGAUAUUGAUGGCACCAUUACGAAAUCCGACGUCCUGGGUCACAUUCUACCGAUAGUCGGCAAAGAUUGGGCCCAAUCAGGGGUCGCUCAGCUGUUCAGCAAGAUCAAGGAUAACGGCUAUAAGUUGUUGUACCUUUCGGCGAGGGCAAUCGGCCAGGCUGGAGGUACCCGAGAAUACCUGAGGAAUUUGAGGCAAGGGGAUCUGACGCUGCCAGAGGGCCCGUUACUUCUCAACCCCACAAGUUUGAUCUUGGCGUUUCAUCGCGAAGUGAUCGAGAAGAAACCGGAAGAGUUCAAGAUAUCUUGUCUGAAAGAUAUUCAGACGUUAUUUCCAGAAGGGUCUAAGCCAUUUUACGCAGGAUACGGCAAUCGAAUAAACGACGUGUGGGCGUAUCGAGCAGUCGGCAUUCCUAUAAUGCGGAUCUUUACCAUAAACUAUCGAGGUGAAUUGAAGCAUGAAUUGACGCAAACAUUCCAAUCUUCAUAUUCAAACAUGAGUUUCAUCGUUGAUCAUGUAUUCCCGACGUGGCGAGAAGACGCAACUGACGAAUUCAGUAACUUUGCGUACUGGCGGGAUCCGAUACCGGAAUUGCCGAAACUCGAGGACCUUCUUCAGGCUCAAGCUCAAGUUACCUAAGGAACCUAACAUAUUUUAUCCUGCAACAGUCAUUCGCUUGCAUUACGAAUAAUAUCGUCAUAUUUAGCUAACUUUUAUACCUUGUGCAUAGAGCGUGGUGACCUUGACGGGUGUGAUUGUCCAAUAUAGCACGUUCGAGAUUUGCCCCUUUUUCUGGACGUUAGACUUAUUAUAGAUAUUAAGUAGAUAUUAAGUAAAGUUAUGUUUGGAGAGAUAUAAAAUUUAUACAGCAAUACUUUAUCAUGUAAACUGUACAGUGAAUUUUAUUGAGAUAUACCGUGAACAUUCCAGCUUUUUUUGUUAAAGAUUUUUGUGUUGCGUGUAAUUGGAUUUAAUCUCACCAGUCAAUGUCGAUGGCGUAGCCUAGUAACUAGAUAUCGUACAAAUACAUACGAAUGCUUCACGAUAUAAUUGAUGUAUAAGGCGAGUCUUUCACUAUGCACCGUGCUUGAUAAUAUAUGCAAGCUCCCCCAAGAUGAUACUUAUUGUCGAAUCAGUGUAAAACAUUUUGGAAACGGGUAACAGAGAAAUUCUUACUCCUGUGCGCAACGCGCAUAUUCAUGAUAUAAUGCUCAUCCUGCUAGAAAGCCUUACUUGUCAUUCCACAUACAUACACACAUAUGCACAUCAACAAGACGACAACAAGAAGUUUUAUACGAGCUAAUUGUCCACCUAAAUGGCAUAAAUUUUCUACGUUGAACUGUGUUGAGAUAUUGCUUAGCAAUCGAUAGUAAGGGAUCAUUGUGUAAGGCAUAAGGCUCAGUGAACGGAUAGUUAAAUAUAUUUACCGCUUACGUUCCUUAUAUUUUUUGAGAAUUGUAAUUUUAGAUAGCUAUAAUUUAUUUUUGUAUGAGAUCUCGAUUAAGUUAGUGCGUGCUGUGAAAUUGCCAUAUUCUCAAGAAGAAAGUUAUCAUUUACAUUGUGAUAUUUUGAUCAAAUUAGGAAUUACGAGGUAGAUAAUAUAUGUAGAUAGAUGGUUUUCUUUCAACAGGUUGCAAUAUAAUAUAUACAAAGUUAUCCUUUAUUUCGUAAAUAAUAUGUGACGAUAGUUUCUAUUUGUUAUUUAAUUAUCUUGUAAUCGUGAGAUUGUCGUUAAUACAUGCUACCAACUUUGCUUUCAAUCCUUCAUACGUUACCUAAGAUGUAUAAUCGAUUUGUAAAUUUAAGUUAUCAUUAUUUUAGCUCGGUCGAAAGAAAUGAUUCGAUGUGAGUAAUAAAGUUGACGAGUUGGCUCUUCAUGCUUCCCGAAUUACGCUGUUGAAGCAAUAAAGAUACAACUAUGUCCAACCAAAGAAGAUAACGCUACAAUCGUGAUAAAUUAUCUUACUAGUUGAUAAUGUAUUCACUUAUAGAACAA